AUGGACACAAAUGAGAAGACCCGAGAGGGCUUGGUUGCCGCCAUUGCAGAAAAUGACUUGGCGCAGGCUGAGUUUCUCCUGGCGGCGCAGGCUGAGGAAAACGCCGAGGACUGGGACGCCUCCACUGUCGUCUGCAAACCCACAAGACACGGCCAAGUGGCGCUGCUGGAGGCCGUCAGAGCAGGUCUCAAGGAAUUCAUAGAAUUAUUCCUAACGUACCGCGUAGACGUUAACUGCCAGGACAGCAAAGAGACAUGUCCCCCUCUCCUGGUAGCUGCCAGUAUGGGGGAGACAGACAUGGCGGCUAUGCUGGUCCAAGGCGGGGCAGACGUUGAUUUUGCAGGUCCUGACAACGCCACUGCACUCAUACUGGCUGCAGACAACGACCGCAGGGACACGGUGAGACUGCUGCUGCAGCACGGAGCAUCUGUGGACAGACAGGACAAAUAUGGCGGCGGCGCGCUGUUCCUGGCGUCACAGGGCGGUCACACAGAGAUCGUGGAGGAGUUAAUCCGUGCAGGUGCCAGCGUCGACAUGGUCACCAGUGAUGGCGUCAGCAGCCUAUUCGCGGCUUCAUCAGGCGGUCACCAUGGCGUCGUGUGUGCACUAUUAUCAGCGGGCGCGGACGUCCAUCUUAUGAGUCCUGAGGGGUUCUCUGCCCUGUGGUUGGCGUCCCAGAAUGGACACGACAGAGUGGUAAAGCGGCUGCUGAACGCUGGAGCAGACGCAAACAACACCGACAGAGCCGGCUGGAGUUGUCUGCUCAAAGCGUGCUACAAGGGGCACAGAGCUGUGGUGCGUGCCCUGUUGAAAGCCAAGGCAGCAGUUAACAGCCAAGAGGACGCCAUGGGUUGGGCACCUCUACACGCGGCGGCGCAGAUCGGAGCCAGGGACAUCGUGUCCGAUCUUCUUUUGGCCGCAGCCGACGCCGAGAUACGUUCGAAAGACGGCUGGACGCCACUACACUGCGCUUCAACAUUUGGUCAGACGGACGUCAUCAAACUACUCCUGGAGUAUGGUGCUGACACAACCGCUCAAGAUGCUUCCUUGAAAACGCCGGAGUAUCUAGCCCAGGUGUGCGAACAGGAGAACGCUGUGGCCCUCCUAACAGAAGGCCUAAACAUGGUGCGGGUCGACCACUACGAGGCGGCUCUGCUGCGUCUUUUCAAUGAAGUUUCCGGAGACAUGGCGGAGGACUGGAUCUUCUUGGCCCGAGAGCUUAAAUUUGUAAAGCCUAAGCUUAUGGAGAAGAAAAUUAAAGAUAUCCUCCAAGAAUUUCCCCGGAGUAAAAAGGAACAAGCAUUCCAAAGCCUGCUGCAGUGGAAGCUGUACCACGGCAAGGACGCCACAGCAUGGGCCCUGGCGCGAUGCUUACAUAGAUGUCGCCACAAGUAUGUUUCUCAAAAGAAAGUUCUUUCUGAGGCAGAGGAACUGAUAAGCAGAGCUGAGCAAUUAGUAGUGUCAGGAGAAAUGGAUAUCAGGCAGGCCCUUAGCUUUUCCAGGAAGUUUGAAUCCCUGGUAGUAGAGUUCAAGGGGAACUUAGAAAAACGCUACAAGCUUUACAGGGAUAUUCAUCAAUUUUAUGUACUUCUGGCUAAGUCCAUCAUCUUUGGUUGCUGUGUACUGGAUGAACUUCCCAUCUGGGGAUACACGGUGUAUGCAGUGGUUAUCGGUAUCUGUGAGCAGUAUAUUGUCAUAUGCAUCAACACAGACACCAUGGGGGCGACCUAA